AUGAAGACACUAGUCGUAGGAGUUGGUGGGAUGACCAAUGGGGGAAAAUCUACUCUUUCCAAGAGUUUACACCAGCAGAUACCCAACAGCUGUCUCAUUGCACAGGAUUCAUAUUUUAAGGAUGAUUCUGUGAUUCCAGUGGACAGCAAUGGGUUCAAGCAAUAUGACAUGCUCGACGCUCUCCACAUGGACACGAUGAUGAGCGAGGUCGACUCGUGGCGAAGAGAUCCUGAGUCGUUCCUGAGGCGGCGAGGCCUGAACCCAGAGCGCACGACACCACCAGUGGAUGAGGAGGUGUAUGUGCUGAUAGUGGAGGGCUUCCUCAUUUUCAACCACCGGCCUCUGAAUGAGCUAUUUUACAAAAGAUACUUCAUGGAAAUAGCUUACGAAGUCUGCAAAAGGAGACGAAGUUCGAGGGUGUACACGCCUCCCGAUCCUCCUGGGUACUUUGAUGGACACGUGUGGCCAAUGUACCUGAAAAACCGGCAGGAGAUGGAGAGCAUGGUGUCUGGAAUUUUAUUUCUGGAUGGACUGAAGCCAAAGGAAGAACUGCUGGCAGAUGUGCAUGAAGAUGUUUGUCAGGAAAUAGAAAGGCUGAAGGAAAAGGACUGACAUGGUCCGAAUUUCAUUUGUUUGCCAUUUGAAGUUGGUGACUGCUGCUCCCAUGGAUAACAAGAGAGUUCAUUUUUUAGACUAAUGUGUGACUGAAGGGUCCAAAAUA